UUGAUGUCUAGUCUGUGUCACCAGUGAAACGUAGAUUGGGCUGGGGCUAAUUUUUAUUACUAUCUACUUGAUAAACUGCUUUGUAGAAAAUUCAGAUCAUUGCAGCUUCUGCACAUUAUUAGUUAACGAAAAAUAUACCUAUUUAACCGUCUUUAGUAGUGACCAGACAAGAGAGGCAAUGGAUAAAAGGAAACUAUCAACAGCCGGAGACAGUCUCUACCAAAUACUUGAAGUGCCCAAAACUGCUACAGCCGAUGAUGUCAAGAAAAGUUACCGGAAAUUGGCGUUAAAAUAUCACCCCGAUAAAAAUCCCAAUAAUCCAGAUGCUUCGGAAAAGUUUAAAGAAGUAAACCGCGCACAUACUAUAUUGAGCGAUGCGACGAAGAGAAACAUUUACGACAAUUACGGCUCGCUCGGGCUGUACAUUGCAGAACAGUUCGGCGAAGAGAACGUGAAUGCGUAUUUCGUGGUUACGAGCACCUGGUGCAAGGCACUGUUCAUCGUAUGUGGUAUUCUGACGGGCUGCUACUUCUGCUGCUGCCUGUGCUGUUGCUGCAACUGCUGCUGCGGGAAGUGCAAGCCGCGCCCGCCAGAGGAGUCGGGCGACUACCACACGCUGGAGCGCGAUGACUCGGACGGAGUGGCGGCCGUGACCGUGCAGCCCGGCGGCGAGGGCCGCCCGUCCGGCAAGCAGGCGCCGCCGAUCGCCAUGCCCGCGCCUCCCGACGCCGGCUCCUCCGAACCGGCGCCUGCCUCCUAUGGCGCCUCGGAAAAUACUGGCCUCAACACAGGAAGCAGUAUUCCAAAGUACACGUGAAGUAACUAUUCUCGGCUAGUCUAACGUAUAUUUAAGAGUAAUGAAGAAAUAAAUUAACCAUGAUUGCGCACCAUUGCUGAUAAAAUUCGAGCCUUUUAUUAUUAACUGUAAGUUAUAUUUUUAAUUUUGUAUAAUGAUUUUUCAACAAUAUUCUGAUAUUACUUUUCUGCAUGUAGCUCUAUAUGUGACGAUGUUUAUAAUACACAUAGGAACUAUUUUUCUAUCCAUUUAAAAGACUUUCGGAUCUUAUUAGUUACUUAUUUGUAUUUAACUGUGGUUCAGUCAGCAUCACAUAUAUAGUGAAGGCCAACGUGGCCAAAUAUCUCGUAACACUCGUAACACAUCUUAUGCCGGCUACAUACGUAACGAUAAAUCGUUGCGAUAAAACUGUGCAGUCCGACUGUGCAGAUAAAUCGAACCGUGUGUAUGACAAAUCGUUGUCGAUUAUCGUAACGAUGAUGUGAUGUGAUGAUGUGUUCCGAUAUAUUUGGCCACUUUGGCCGUCACUAUCUAUUUGAUGCUGACUAUACCAGAGAGAGGAUAGUUAAUAGUGUCAGCUUGAGUCAACGGAAAAACCGUGCCGCGAAAAGAACUAUUACACUACAUAUAAAUAAGUGAGCGUAAAGGUUUCCGAGCCAUCAUCUAGUCAGAUUGCUAAUAUUUUCCGGUGCAGUAUUUUCUUUGACUUUUCAACUCUGUAUUUAACCUAUUUAUACACCUGCAAAUCUUCCUUUGAACAAGUCUUAUUACAAAAGUAACCGAGCAACCGAGAUACGUGCCAAUAUCGCGCCUAUCACAGACAAGUUUAACUGCGUAUUAGUUCGACUCAAAAUAUGAGAAACAAAAUAAUAAUUAAUUACGACUAUUCCACUUAUUGUAAUAUGUAUAGGUAUUAUUAUAAAUUAAUUCAAAUUAUUAAUGAGCUUUAUUUUUAAAUAUUUACUGUAUACCUACGUAUGUUCUAAGGUCUAAGGUUUAGGUCUCCCGUUGAUGUCGGGUGCUACAUAGUGACCCGUUUAGUAGAAAUGUUUCUGUAUUCCCGUACUAUGUGACGAUGUACGUAGCGGAGACUAAGUCCUCUAGAUAAUUCAACCACCGAAAAUAGAUAUUCCUUGCAUAAUAUGUUUAAAUUGUUUUAUUCUUCAAAAGUUACAACAAUAAAGUAUUAUCCUAAGUAUUGUUAAUUAUUA